AAAACCCUAGCCGCCGCCCCGCCCCGGAGGAAGCUUCGGCCUCUGGCGGCACGGACUUCCCCCCACCAACCGCACCAGGACCCUAUAAAUAAGAGGCCAGGGUUGACGACCAAAUACCCAUCAUCAGUUCUCAUUGUCUUCUCCCGGUUCGUGCUCGUAGAACUAGUGUAGCAAAGGGUUUUAGCUAGUCUCGAGGAAGGAAGCAUGGAGGAGUAUCGGUGCUUCGUGGGCGGGCUGGCCUGGGUCACCGACGACCAGAGCCUCGAGAACGCCUUCCGCUCCUUCGGGGAGAUCCUCGACGCCAAGGUGAUCCCGGACAGGGAGACUGGGAGGUCCCGCGGGUUCGGCUUCGUGACCUUCACCACUGAGCAGGCUAUGCAGAACGCCAUCAACGCCAUGAACGGCAAGGACAUCGACGGCCGCACUAUCUCUGUCAACAUGGCCCAGGCCCGCAACAACCGCGGCGGCGGUGGCUACGGCGCCUCCGGCUCCGGCAGCCAGUGGAGGAACUGAGCUGCCAGUCGU